AAAAAAAAACAUAAAAUCACAAAACAUGGCCUCCCCAUCGUUAGAAAUACGAACGAGAACGAAGCGGGUUGUCCAUACGCAUAUAUACAAUACCGCUCCUCAACACGCAGACAGCGAGAAAAAUAAAAAAUGGCGGGUGGUGGAAAGGUGUCCUUCAAAGUCACUCUAACCUCCGAUCCAAAGCUCCCCUUCAAAGUGUUUAGCGUUCCUGAGGCAGCCCCUUUCACCGCCGUUCUGAAAUACGCAGCUGAAGAAUUCAAAGUUCCUCCCCAAACCAGCGCUAUUAUCACCAACGAUGGUGUUGGAAUCAAUCCUCAGCAAAGUGCAGGCAAUGUGUUCCUCAAGCAUGGUUCUGAAUUACGCCUGAUUCCUCGAGAUAGGGUUGGGGCUUUUGGGACAACGGACACAGCAUUACCAUCAAACUGAAGAAAUGGUCUACUUCUUCAUGUGAGGUCUUUUUUCUUUUUUUCUUUUUUAUGGUAUGUACCUUAUUAUUAAGUUGUGAGGAUUAUCUGCGUCAGUUUAGUUGACGAUAUUAACUCUCCAGUUAAACCGAGAUGACAGGUGACUAAUAGAUGCAUUUGAAUAAUAUUGAAAGGAUAAUAUAUCAAGGACAGUUACAGUUC